GUAAACCUGGCAAACAUGGCGACGCUCCGAAGAGAGUACGGCGACUGGAAAUACGACCGUUUUUAACUGAGAAAAUAACCUCCUCUUCGCAUGUUACAAUGAGGUGGGGUUAGCCGGAGCCACCGCACGCACAGCCUUUUAGACGAUGUUUGCAGAGGCCAGUCUGUCCAUCUGGGGAUGGGGGGGUCUUGGAGUCGUGCUUUUCCUCGUCACUUUUGGACCCUUUGCCAUAUUCUACCUGGCCUUUUAUAUCUUCUGCUUCAUUGGAGGGGGCUUUGCGGUCACUCUGCUCUAUGGGAAGAUCAACUCCGAGAAACACCUGGAAAAAUGCGAGCAUUCUUACUUGCCACCUACACAGAUUGGUAUACUGAAGACAUUGGAUGAAAUGAAGCUGGAGAUGAAGCCUAUAAAGAUUGACAGGAGACUGACUGGCUCCAGUUUCAUAGAUGAACCACUACAGCAGGUGAUCCAGUUCGCUCUGAGAGACUAUAUCCAGUACUGGUACUACACUCUGAGUGAGGAUGAAUCCUUCUUAUUGGAGAUCAGACAGACGCUGCAGAAUGCCCUUGUCCAGUUCUCCACACGAUCCAAAGAGGUGGACUGGCAGCCUUACUUCACCACUCGCCUGGUGGACGACUUUGCCACCCAUUUACGUGUCUUCAGAAAAGCCCAGGAUCGCCUCGCAGACAGAGAGGACAAGCAAAGAGACAUAACAGAGGAGCUGGUGGACUCGUUCUUCGAGGCCGAGGUGGAGAUGGAGAGGAAGAUUUGUCGAGACGUAGUGUGCACUUCACAUAAAGACGAAGAGGGUUUCCUUCGGGAUUUGUGUGAGUUGCUUCUGUAUCUGUUACUACCUCCUGGAGAUUUCCACAACAAGAACAUGAGAUACUUUUUAAGGGAGGUGCUUGCGCGUGGUGUGCUGCUUCCUCUGAUCAACCAGCUGAGCGACCCAGACUACAUCAACCAGUUUGUCAUCUGGAUGAUACGGGACUCCAGCUGUAACUAUGAAGCCUUCAUGAACAUCUUGAAGUUGACAGACAAGCCUGCUGAGCUGGAGGCCGUCAAGGACAAGGUGCUGGAGGAACUGCAGUACCUCCGCUCUCUGGACACUGCAGGAGAUGACAUCAAUGUGAUCAAGAACCAGAUUAACAGUCUUCUGUUUGUGAAGAAGGUGUGUGAGACCAGGAUCCAGAGGCUGCAGUCUGGCAAGGAGGUGGAUGCCUUGAAGCUGGCAGCCAACUUUGGCAAGCUGUGCGUUAUCCCACUGGAUCACAUCCUCGUCCACAACAUAGCCCUGCAGUUCUUCAUGGACUUCAUGCAGGCAGCAGGGGCCCAGGCGGAGCUGUUUUUCUGGCUCACUGUGGAGGGCUACAGGGUGACGGCACAACAGCAGCUGGAGGCCAUGCAGGUCUGGCAGAGAGACGGCAAGAAGCAGCCCAGCGCCACCAAGGGACUGCUGAAGGCUGCUGCACUGGGUGUCUAUGAACAGUACCUCUCUGACAAGGCGUCUCCCAGGGUGCAAGUGGAUGAGGUGUCUGUGACAAAACUGGGAGAGAAGCUGCAGAAAGAUGAUCCCACACCAGAAAUAUUUGAUGAAAUCCAGAGAAAGGUGUAUGACAUGAUGCUACGCGAUGAACGUUACUAUCCCUCCUUCAAGCAGAGCCCUCUGUACGUCCGCAUGCUAGCAGAGCUGGACAUGUUGAAAGAGCCGAGCUACCGGGGAUCCGAUGACGGUGAUGGAGAAUCUUUUAAUGGUUCUCCAACAGGAAGCAUAAAUCUAUCCUUGGACGACUUGUCCAACUCCUGCCAUGAUGAAUCUAUGCACCUACAUGCCUUCAUCUCUGACACAGCUGACGCUUGUCUCCCCGGCUUCUGGGGUGCUGCAGGGGUUUGCAACGACCACGGUAAGACCUACGCGCUGUACGCCAUCACCGUAUUCAGACGCAACCCGGAUGGCAGCGAGGACUGCUGGAAGACCUACCGCCGCUACUCAGACUUCCACGACUUCCACAUGAGGAUCACUGAACAGUUUGAGAAUCUGGCGUCGAUCCUCAAGCUGCCAGGAAAAAAGACGUUCAACAACAUGGACAGAGACUUCUUGGAGAAGAGAAAAAAAGACCUCAAUGCUUACCUACAGUUGCUGCUGAACCCAGAGAUGGUGAAGGCCUGCCCAACUCUGAUUCCUUAUGUCUACGACUUCCUAGAAAACAAGGCCUACAGCAAGGGCAAAGGAGAGUUUGCACGAAAGAUAGACACAUUUGUAAAUCCAUUGAGGAGCUCCAUGAGGAACAUGUCCAAUGCGGUGAAAGCCCUGCCAGACAGUCUGGCUGAGGGCAUGACGAAGGUGUCUGACAACAUGGGCCGCAUGUCAGAAAGACUGGGCCAGGACAUCAAACAGUCCAUAUUGAAGGUGCCUCCACUCCUCCCCAAGUCUGACAUCGACCCCGAACACUGUCGUGUCUCCGCCCAGCUCGAUGACAACGUGGACGAUAAUAUCCCGCUGAGGGUAAUGCUGCUGCUGAUGGACGAAGUGUUUGACCUUAAGGAGAAAAACCAGUGGCUGCGCAGGAACAUUAAGAACCUGCUGCAGCAGCUCAUCAGAGCCACAUAUGGAGACACCAUCAACAGGAAAAUUGUAGAUCAUGUGGACUACUUGACCUCACCAGAACAGGUGGCAGACUAUGUCAAGAAGUUCAGGGAUUCCUACUGGCCCAACGGUAUACUGGCUGAGACACCACCCCGUCGGGACAAGAGCAUCCGCAUGAGGACACGAGUAGCUGCCAAAACCAACCUGCUGGGUAUCAUGCCAGAUGAGCUGAAGCACAUCAUUGGAGCGGACACCACGAGAAAGGGCAUCCUGCGCGUCUUCGACAUGUUUCAGUACCAACCCAUGAACCGUCGGCUAGUCUACGUUUUCCUGGAGGGCUUCCUGGAGACAAUGUUCCCCCAGUACAAAUUCCCCGAGCUCUUUGUCAAGCUGCACUCCCGCUCGCCGCGCAUCCACAGAUACAGCCAGAAACUCAAAUCCUCCUCUCUGAAGAGGUGACAGGAAAGGACAGAGGCAACAGGACCGACUAGACACACACAGACUUGAGAGCUAAGAGUGAGAGCGGGGAUGGGCUUUGACGUGAACGUGGAGGUAUGUGUGUGCGUGUGUGAUUUCUGCCCUUCUGCCACUUCCCUCAAACAACCUUUUCCGUGAAAACACUCCAAUUAUCUAGCUGAUUAGUUCUGUCACAACAGAACUGAAGGAUGAACAACACACACUCUGCCCUCCUCUUUCUGUGACACACACAUGCGCAAACACAAGUUCUGUAAUUUGCACCAAGACUGAACAGAACACGGCAGUCUUUUCUUUUAGUUUCUAUUAUCUCCCUCCCUCCUUUUUUGGACUUCUUAGUUGUGUUUAGCUUUAUCCUGGGCCAGUCAAUGCUGCUUUCAUGUGGUCCAGAGCGCAGACCACAGAUACUGUAUUGUUUUUAAACUGCAGGAGUAGAUAGCAUAGACCCACACCUUGCCUUACCUUCCCGCUUCUGUCUUGUGGCCAGCUCAGUCUGCCAUCUUUGAACUGGCUCCUCAGCUGUAGUCAAAAUUACCCUCAUGCUGUAGACAUUUGAUCUGCAAAAGCUGCACACUCGUAAACAUGCAACAAUAUUUUCUUUUCGUAGCAACCAAAUAUGUCAAUAGCACUGGGUUAAAGAGGCGCUGUUUUUAAAAUGUGACUGAACAAGUAUGGGUCGAAAAGAUGAUUUUUAUUUUUAUUGUCAGCUUUUUUUUCCCAGCCUUGAUUCUUCUCUUCAAACGUGAUUUUUUUUUUCGUCUUUCCAAAGUGUCAUCCUCAAAGAAUAGGCCACAUCCCCUUUAAUGCUACUGUCAUAACCUGUGACGACCAAAGCUCAUACUGUUCAUACGAGUGCAUGUGUGUGUGUACUGGGUUAAUGUUAGGAUACUCGGAACAUUACUGUGCUUCAUAUCGAUAAUCAUGUGAAGAAGGAGAAUGCAGUGUUGACCUGACCUAAAAGGUGAAGCUGUGAGGACACACACUGAAGUGUGAGAGCAGCUGUGGGAAGCUCAGCUCUGGCUGUCCAAGCGCACUAUCAAAGAAUGUACUCUCUGGUCUAGUCUGUAUUUGGCUUGUGUAGAAUUUUAAAAUUUGUGUGUGAGUGAGUGAGUGUGUGUGUGUGUGUGUGUGUGUGUUUAGCGCAGAGAUGCAACCCUCUUCAGUCAGAAACUGUGCCAGUGUGAGCUAGUGAACCAGCCUUAAAACUACAUACAGUAUAUACUGACCAAGAGACGCACGCUAGAGGUAGCUGUCCUUCACGCGACUGAACGUUACGAGGAAAUCAACAGAGAUAUGGAGAUAUAUCCCUAAUCACUUUUAUUCAGAGAAAAUGUCUUUAAUUUUGUGCAAUAUUUUUUUUUUCUUUAAUGCAUGUGCAUUUUGAAUCAUUGUAUACUGAAAAAAAGUAAUUCAUAUUGUUUUAAUAGUAGAGAACAUGAGAGAAGUUUCCCCAGAAAUGUCUUCUUAUCCCAACAACUUAACAUUCCGUUGUUGUAAAAGUACAAUGUUUAUUUUACAGACUUGUUUUAUAAGUCUGAGGUUUUUUUUGGUUUUGUUUGUUUUGUGUUGGGUGUGUGGGGGGUAUUUUCCACUUAUCCCUCACCCACUCGUGCAGAAUCUGUGGGUAUGAACUAGGCGGUGUUUGGGGGGGGGGGUUUCUGUGUCACAGCCUGAUUAUUAGCUCAUUGGGCUAUAGCUAGCUCAGAGGCAGCCUCAAAACAACUGCUUCUUUUUAACUCAUAUGUGGCGUUUUAUGCAUUCAAGCCUGUUCUAUUGAGUGUGAACAGAUCUUUGUUGUCAUGAACUGACAGUUGGAGGGACACGCCCCUACCAUCCUCUCUCCUCCUGUCCAAUAGAAUCACAGGAGAGCUGCGUCCUGUGACCAACGGAAUCACUGCUAAUGAGCACUUACCGUAGCAACUGUCGGAGGGCAUCUCCCAUUGGCUCGAUGGAGCCCCAUUCUGCUGCAGUCACUGGAUGGAACUCCCUCUCGUCUGCUGUGAUUUGCUUACACUGAGCAGCCGUGGUGGACUCUGAUUGGCUGAGUAGGAGGACAUGAACUGGAGCCUCUCUUACUGGGAGGUGAAAAUUUUGUCCCCAUGGAUGAAGAGAUGUCACCUUUAACUUUCUGCACACCUCUCCAUACAGGAAGGCUUGUCGUUUUUUUUUUUUUAACCCCAGUAUAUAUGAAUCUAUGAUUAUGAAAAUUGUGCAUAUCUGUGUACAGUAUGUGUUAAUAGUGUGCCUAAAUGUACUGUCAACUCUAUUUUCAUAUUUUUCUUUAAUCCUAAAAAAAAUUCAAUCAGAAUGUCAUGAUCAUUUUACGCGACUGAAAAUGACUUUAGGGUGUUUUUUUGCAUCAUGCUUAUCAAACUCUUCCUUGUGAGCAAUUGUGCUCAGAUCAGUAUAACACUAAUAAAAAGUAACUCAGACUAACUGA